AUCUGCUAACACUUUGCAGAUAUUUUUUUAGGCAUUUAGGCUCUUAUCAACGCGACCACUGGACGGGUUUCGACGAGCGAAAUUUCGCAACCUUAGUUAUUUUCCCGAAAAAGUUUAGGUGGGAUUACAUAGACAGACCGAAGUGCUCAUCAUCACCAAAUUUCAGCUGUGAGUCGUGGGCUUGCGGGAGACCAGCUAAAAGCAAAGCACCCUAAGUCGCGUAUUCAGUUGAUUCUUUGGAUUUUUUUAUCGCACGUCGCGUCGCAAUAUCUACUGUUGUCGCCGAUUAGACUAUGCUAGAUUCGCCGAGCUUAAUUUAGUUUCAUUAUAGAUUCGUUGUUUUUACAUUGCGCGACGGUCACUUUAGAUACUUACGGAACGACUAAUAUCUUAGAUAUCAGAUCGAGAUCGAGCUUUUUACAUGUUUGUCAACAAGGCCUUAGUGACGAGCUUGUACUGAUGGCUAUCGGGUGAUCUUGAUGAUGUGUUUUGAAGUGAUAGUGUCGCAAGAUCAAGUUUAGUUAAGAAUUAACGCAAUAUAGACGCAUUAAGUCGUUGUUGAUGACUAUCGGAAGCAAUCUUCAGUAUGUAGCCCGCAACAAUGGAAGUGGGAGAUAAAUAGGUCGCCGCGGUCCAUGCCCACAAGUGCAAUGUGUAAAGAAAAUGCUGCUUGAAUAAAUAAUAAAUGCACACAUAAUCAAUGAAAAUAAUCGCGCCCCACUUUUCGUAUUUAUAGCAUCUGAAAACUGGCUCCGCUCGUAGUAACUGCGUGCAUUGGAACUGUAGGACGGAAAAUCGUAUAAAAUACUGGGUUCGAGUUGGUGUCAGCUUUCUGGCUGCAGUCGUUCGUGGCGUGGCUCAAAAGUGCUCUUGAAAUCCACAAGUGUUGCAAUCAAACCGAAACCUAAGUGAUUUCAGAUAAUCACCACCGCGGAUUCAGCCGAGUUAGAUUCAAAAUUUUCGGAUGCCUACGCGCCUACAUAUAUAUAUGUAGGCAAUCAACUUGUCGCGAGUGAAAUUGCAUUUCCAGCCCAUACGCAUCUGAUUAAAAAUAUUUCUAUGCGUUACGCACGGACGUUGACCGAAAAAGAUGUUUUAUCUUCGAUCUUGACUGAAUCUUUUAUGUGUACAUAAAACAAAUUGCUUUUCUUUAAGAAACGAGUUUCUUGAACUCAGGUUUUAUUAUAAUAAACAUAAAAACAAGAUUAAAAAUCCAAGUGUGUGUGUGCGUGUCCAUACUAUAUUUUUGUUGUUUUCUUGCCGGUUACUAUGGGGGAGAGUGUUGUGUUUUUAUUUUUACCCACCAGUUACACUAUGCCAAGGAAUUAGAUACAGUGCAUGAUCGCGAUAGAUGCAAAUCUGAUGAGCUUAGACGCUACAAACCGUGGUCGUGACAGGAAUAUCAGCGGAACCGUGAUUUCAAUGCGAUUAUAAAUAGUGCAAAUGUGAAUGUUUGCAUGUGUUGUGCUAAACAUUUUAUUUUCGAACGCAAUUUAAAUCUGUUUUGUUUGCAAGAGAAUUUGUUAGAAGAAUUAGAUAUCACGAUGAAGCCGUGAUAAAAAAGUAAAAAUACGCAGAGAUAAAGAACAGCAUAUCAAUCCGAAUAAAUUCGAAAUCACUGCACAUUAAAAAGAUCAAUAAAUCCUAUGAAAAUGGGUACGAACAACGACGUUAAACCGGACGAUGGAAUUGUUAUAACAAAUAAUUCAAUAAACGAACCAAAUAAAAAAUCUGAAUACUCGAAAGAAACAAACAAGAUUAAUAUAAUUAAUGAUAAGCGAAUACUAUCACUGCAAAACAACAACGAGAGCGUUAUUCCGAAUAACAACAAACCAACGGAAGAAUCCCUGAAUCAGAGGCUACCAGAUCAAUCAAGAAGUAAUGAAUGCAAGGAACAAACCCCCGAACAACAACAAGGAAUUCCCCAUAGUAUCCUGGAGGAAUCGCUCAGAGGAAAGAAGGACAAUGCCAAUGAGGCUGUACAGUGUAUCUUUCUGUGUGAAUUUCAUGUGACUCAAGGACGAAGGAUUGCAGUUCAGGUACCUGAAGACUUUAUAACCAAGAAGAGAUUUGAGACUGUUAGCCGAUAUGUUAUACCGCAAGUACAAUUGCAACGUAGCUUUUUAAGUGUUUCACUUCUAGGAAUCAAAAUUUUAGGAUAUCCAGUUCGAAUUGAUAAUCAACACUAUGCCAGGAAUGCAUUCUACUUUAACGUAUGCUUUGUGUUUGAACCAACCACAAGGACAAUUGGAUAUGAACCAGUUGUUCGUAAACUAUCCGAAUAUUUGCUUGCAAUGGAGCACUCUUGCAGGAUCUUAUCGCAUCAAUACAGUCCUAUACAAAUGGCCCGGCUAACAAGGCUUCUAACGCAAGUCCGGGAUGAUAUUAAUUCGAAAAAGACAUGCAUGCUCCAGGAAGGGAGCACUCUGAUACCACUGUGUGUAGUACCACGUUACCCAGAAACUGUAAAAGUCUACCCACACGAUGCGGCUGCGCUAACAGAUGAAUUUUAUAAAUAUGUGGGAGAACAAUGGGAUUUAACAACGAGUCGAAUCCUACCAUACAUUGAUGGAUUCAAUCACGUCAAUCGGAUAACAGCUCUGGCUGAUGUUGCAGUGGAAUUAGUCUGUGAUUGUAUCAAGCAUUUGGUGAUCUUAGGGGUAGCUGUGAUAGUUCCUGUUUUUCAAUAUGGAAACGUUUAUCGCCCAACACCGAAAUUAUCUCAGUUGGCUAAAUGUCGUGAUUUACAGAAGAAAUGUAUACAGAGAUGCUCUAAAUCAGAGAGGAAGCGAGCUUCAGUGCGAGACAUUUUCCGAAUAUUCGCUUCAAUGGCACACGGGGCGACAUUUGGAGAGUUAUGUGUACGUUUUAAUCCGGCAGCAUUAAACAUCAAUGAAAGGCAAAUGGUGCUUUUUGGAUUAUUGGAGGGAUUAAUUAGGAGGGUAGAUAAAUACCCGGUAACAAUAAGCCGGAACCUUUUUGCCGUAGAGGAGGAUGAUAUAACGAAACCAAAGUUAGGUCCAUCAGGAACCCCAUCAAAUACUCCCACUUUCGAGACUAUGGUUAACUCCAGCAGCCCACCAAAUAGUCAAACACCACCAAGUAGUAAACCACUACCACGUGGCGGUCGUGCUUUACGCAGUAGCUGCAAUUCAAAUAAUUGCCAAAUUGGAAACUCUGAACCACGAGUUAUUUACAAUGGUCUCAAGUCAUUUGAUGAAAUCUCCUGCACAACUGGAAUGAGUUGUCAACAAUUGGAUGCAUAUUUAGCGAGAGAUGAACAUGUUAUAGUGCUUUUAAAAUGAGAUGGUUUAUGGUCAUGUAAGACGGGAAUGCGUGAAUAACUGAACUUUGUUACUAAUUCAGGGGAUUUUUUUUAUAUUGUUAAUAAAAAUUUUAGU